AUAUCGGAGUUUGCAGUAGCUCGCUUGUGCCUUCAACAGGAAACCAAAGGAAGCUGCUUGUUAUUGUUGCACUUCCUACAAACGAUCACACCCUAUUGAGCUCUCAGUGAAGUGUCUGAUUUUUUCUCCUGCUCCUACAAAUUCCUUCUUCCUUCACUAAGAACUUUCCAGAGCUUUAUCAACAUGUGGGACAGAGGGAACCUGCUUCUUGCUGUAAUUUUGUUGACAACACUCCAACAAAACGUGGCUGAAAAACUGCUGGACAUGUCCCCGGAUGCUGUAGACUAUAUUUGCAGUAAAUGCCGUCAAGACGCCAUUGAGAAGUUUGUCAACUCUGGUCUUUUGAACAAUGAGUUAAGCCUCAGCCUGGGGUUUCAGAAAGCAUGGAAUAAAUCUCAGUGUACCAAGCAAAUCAAGGGAGGAAUAAAAGAACAUACUGCCGCACUCUUGGCAUAUGCUAAUGGAGACAGAGGUUUCAUAACAGAGUUCAACAGUGAAGUAGAAACUAAGGGUGGAAAUACCACCAGGUAUGACAACGACUUCAAUUACAAAGCUUUUCAUUUCCUGCUCAUGGAUUACAUGAUGCUGCAGAAACCACAGACGUGUCAGGCUGUGUACCUUCUACUGGAUACGAAACAAACCGCAAAAAUAAAGUCAACAGUACGACUCGGAAGGUUCACGACUGCUGUGUUAAACUUCGAUUCACUAAAGCAAUUGCACGACUUUGACUCCGAGGUCAUUCUCAACAUCACUUCGUGCUUGUUUGCCAAACUGGGCGACAACAUUUGCAAGGUCAACAAGGAGGACGUCUUGUUAUCACCAUCAGAAGAGUUCAUCGUAGAAAAUAGUGUCACUGUGGUGGAUACGGAAGAUGAUGUAACAUACACCAUGAUCACUUUGAAUCAUGUCAGCUUGGGAGAUCUCAACAACUGCCAUAUCUGCUCAAGGUCUUCACCAUCUGUCUCCACCCAGUGGCCUGUGUUGGUUAUGGCAGUGUUGUCUUUUUCUUUCGUUAGAUAUUGAAGGAUCGGUAUUAAUGAUUUUAAACUGCACAACUGUGUUUUUGUUUUUGUUUUUCUUGGUAAGGAUGGAAAGGGAGGGAGGGGGCGCUGUUGGGGUUUUUUGUUGAUAGUUGAAAACAUAAAGAUUUUGUUUUUAGGAUUUUUCACAUUUUCGUGUCUUACAUGUUUACAUUAAGUUUACAACAAUGUGUAGGAAACAAAUUGUUGAUUUUAUGCAUGCUAUCCCUUAGCUUAUUAUCACAGUUCACAACUCUUAAAUUUAUCUUAAGAAUAAAAAGAAUACAUACGCCCACCUUU